AAAGUAAAAGAAUAUGUUGCUUUGGAAAGCUUUUUGCCAAAAGACCACUUAAAAAUAUAUGACAAAUACAAUCUCCUGAUAACCAACCAAGCAGAUUUGGAUGUUGAUCACUUUUUGGCUGAGGAACAUACGUUUGAGGAAAUAAUGAGAGAGGCCAUAAAGUAUCAAAAACUUACAGAUGAAAUACAGUACAAUUCAAGAAAGAUUAUUCGCUUAGGGAUGUUUGAGCUCCACUGUGAUGAAUUAAUCAGAGCUCUGGCCAAACGUUCAGAGGCAAUUUGUGGAAAACUGAUAGAGAAAAUGUUUAAAGAUCACCAGAAU